AUGCUCAUAUCCGGCGCGGUAUUCUCAUCGCUGCGAGCACACGCCCUGCGCCAAUGGAAACCCCUCACUUUCUGCAUUCUAGUGCUUGGGUCUGGGAAUGCCGUCCCCUCGCUUUAUGCAGCGAUCAAGACUCGGUCCACCUACGACCCAGGACCCAACAACUUGCUCACCUUGUGCAACGCGGAUUUCUCACAUUUCGAGUCCUUCCGCAAGGGUCCGUUAGUGCUUUUCUUUCUCGGUGUCUCAUACUUCGCUGCACUCCUCGUUGUAAAUGUUAUGAACCUUGCAUUCAUCAACAACGUGCAGCUGUUGUUCAAUCUCAUCGGUGCACUCACCGCCAUAACGGUGGUCUUGACCUGCCGUUUCAUCCUCGACUUAUUCGAAGCGAGCACAAGGGCCCGCUACGGCACUCUCCCCACAUUACACCUCUCGGCCAUGGUGCGCUCACGCUCGCUUGCGUUCCAACAGGUUGGCGGUGUUGGCGCGACUGGCGCUUCUGCAGGAAUCUUCGGCGCGGAUGUUAGCUGGGACGGUUCGGAAGAGAGCGAGAGCGACUGGAGUAAGAAAGACGAUUACGGCUUCGAGCUCCAGCCUAUGAACCCGGAACGACAAAUACCGGAUGCGCACCCUCUCGGACCAGAGCCAUGA